AUGUCCUCGCCCUCGCGUCCUCGACGGCCGCAAGCUUCCCAGCCCUCCCCUGCGUCGGACAUGGACCUUACCUCCGACGACUCCACUCUGGUCGGCGACGAGUACCUUUACUCCCAUGCGGAACUCGGUCUUGAGCUGUGUGGUCCCGACUCCAGUGUUAUCGUCGAAGCUACACCGUCGAUGACUAUCAUGGAGCUUGGUGCGACAUGGCAGCACCUGAACAAGGCCGAGUAUGACCUGCGUACACCUUUCGGCGCCGUCGCGCCCGAAAGCACUCUCGCCAAUAUCAUCAUGACUCGUCGCGUUGAUUUCGAGCCAUGGGAUGCGUCCUCAGAUAUCGUCCUGUCUGUCGCACCGGCCAACCAUCCUUCCCCAUCGGCUCUCAGUACUGGGCGCACGAGCGCGAACGGCAAGAUCAGAAUCGUCAUUCGCAAUGUGGACGGCAAGAGUGUCAGGUGUACGGUUACCGGACGCGCGAGGCUAUUGCGCAUUGCUGAGGGCUACGCUAUGCAAGUGUCGGCCAGCGAAGAGAACGCGACAUACCGUUCGCGGGUUGCGGACAUCGCUCCCGCCGGCAUUGAUCAGUUUGAGCUUCUCGCCGUCGUUGAGUCACCCAUUCAGAUCUCGGCACUGGGCACCGCAUCUCCCUGA